CACCGUACAGCUUGUGUUGCACAUUUACUUCCGUAUGCAGUUUGGGUAACCGCGACGUCAAACGCCGUUCUUCGUGACGAGUUUGAGAUUUGCGCAAACUUACUGGGAGAGGAUGGCCGGAACUGCGACGAAUCCCUUCCAACAUAUAGUUGAGCUUCUGGAUCCUCAGGUUGCAAAUCAGAUGUUUUAUAAUCUCACCAAACUUGAAGAUCCCAGAUAUGACAACUUGCCAUUUUCCAUCCGGGUUCUCUUGGAGUCUGCUGUCAGGAACUGCGACGGCUUUCUGGUGAAGCAGUCCGACGUGGAAAAUAUCCUGAACUGGAAGCAAACCCAGACGCAGUCUGUGGAGAUCCCGUUCAGGCCGGCACGCGUCAUCCUGCAGGAUUUCACCGGCGUACCUGCCGUGGUUGAUUUCGCCGCCAUGCGCAAUGCGGUGAUUAAGCUCGGCGGCGACCCCGAGAAGAUCAAUCCCGUUUGCCCGGCCGACCUGGUCAUCGAUCAUUCCGUCCAAGUGGACUUUAAUAAAAAGUCUGAUAGCCUUCAGAAAAAUGAAAACUUGGAGUUUGAACGCAACAGAGAGAGAUUUCAGUUCCUUAAGUGGGGCUCGCAAGCUUUCAGGAACAUGCGUAUUAUUCCACCUGGUUCGGGAAUUGUCCACCAGGUCAACUUGGAGUAUUUGGCCAGGGUGGUGUUUAACCAUGAAGGGUAUUUCUACCCGGACAGCCUGGUGGGCACAGAUUCCCAUACCACCAUGAUCGAUGGCCUUGGUGUUCUGGGUUGGGGUGUGGGUGGAAUUGAAGCAGAGGCAGUGAUGCUGGGUCAGCCAAUCAGCAUGGUUCUACCCGAGGUGGUUGGAUACAAGAUGUAUGGGAGCCCGGACAAGUUUAUUACCUCCACAGACAUUGUUCUCACUGUCACAAAGCACCUCCGUCAAGUGGGCGUGGUGGGAAAGUUUGUGGAGUUUUUCGGGCCCAGCGUGGCUCAGCUGUCCAUUGCGGACAGAGCCACCAUCUCAAACAUGUGUCCAGAAUAUGGAGCGACCGCAGCUUUCUUUCCUGUGGAUGAUGUCAGCAUUGAAUACCUCAAGCAGACCGGGCGAGAAGCAGAAAAACUGGCGUACAUUACAAGGUACCUGAAAGCCGUGUCCAUGUUCCGGAACUACAGCAAUGUCUCCCAGGAUCCAGAUUUUAGUCAGGUUGUAGAGUUGGACCUCAGUACUGUGGUUCCAUGCUGUAGUGGCCCUAAAAGACCUCAGGACAGAAUUCCUCUUUCAGACAUGAAAAAAGACUUUGCAAGCUGCCUGGGAGCCAAGCAAGGUUUCAAAGGCUUUGCCGUGGCUCCGGAUUCUCAGAGCGCAACGGUCCCCUUCCAGUUUGAUGGAAAAGAGUACAUGUUAAGCCACGGCUCAGUUGUGAUUGCAGCUAUCACCAGCUGCACAAACACCAGCAACCCGUCCGUCAUGCUCGGAGCUGGACUCCUCGCUAAAAAGGCAAUCGAGAAUGGGUUAAGUGUGAAGCCUUACAUAAAGACCAGCCUUUCACCCGGUAGCGGAGUGGUGACUUAUUACCUGAAGGAGAGUGGCGUUAUGGACUAUCUAUCUCAGUUAGGCUUUGAGGUUGUCGGCUAUGGUUGCAUGACGUGUAUAGGCAACAGUGGACCCCUCCCGGAGCCAGUGGUGGAGGCCAUUACCCAGGGAGAUUUGGUGGCUGCAGGUGUGCUGUCCGGAAAUCGCAACUUUGAAGGGCGCGUUCACCCCAACACCAGAGCCAACUACCUUGCCUCGCCGCCGCUCGUUAUCGCUUAUGCCAUCGCCGGGACUGUAAAGAUUGACUUUUUGACGGAACCGAUUGCAAUUAAUUCUGAAGGUCGAGAGGUCUUCUUGAAGGACAUCUGGCCCACACGGGAGGAGAUCCAGCUUGAGGAGACAAAGUUUGUCAUUCCAUCGAUGUUCAGAGAAGUGUAUGAGAAAAUUGAGAAAGUGAAUGAACGCUGGAACUCUCUGGUGGCUCCAUCAGACAAGCUGUAUCCCUGGGAUGUGACGUCAACUUACAUCAAGUCCCCACCCUUUUUUGAUGGUUUGACCAUGCAGUUAAAUCCUCCACGUUCCAUUGACGGAGCCUACGUGCUGCUGAACUUGGGCGACUCAGUCACUACAGACCACAUUUCUCCUGCUGGAAACAUCACCAGAAGCAGCCCCGCAGCCCGCUACCUGUCAAGCAGAGAUGUAAUCCCUCGUGACUUCAACUCUUACGGCUCCCGUCGAGGUAACGACGCCGUCAUGGCCCGGGGGACGUUUGCCAACAUCCGGCUGUUCAACAAAUUCCUCAACAAGCAGGCACCUCAAACGAUUUACCUGCCAACUGGGGAAAUGAUGGAUGUGUUUGAUGCAGCGGAGCGAUACGGCCAGUCGGGAGUCCCUCUGCUGAUUCUUGCCGGGAAGGAGUACGGCUCUGGCAGCUCAAGAGACUGGGCAGCAAAAGGGCCAUUAUUACUGGGGAUCAAGGCUGUUCUCGCCGAGAGCUACGAGCGGAUCCACCGGAGCAAUCUGGUGGGCAUGGGAAUAAUCCCGCUGGAGUAUUUACCAGGCGACAACGCCGAGAGUCUGGCCUUGACCGGAAGAGAGCGCUACCACGUCGCCAUCCCCGAAAACAUCACCACCAGGAUGAUCGUCGUCGUGACGCUCGACACAGGAAAAACUUUUCGUGUACGGAUGAGGUUUGACACGGACGUGGAACUGGCCUAUUUCCAUCACGGAGGCAUCCUGAACUACAUGAUCCGCAAGAUGUCUGAAAAUUAACACGCAAGAGCCUGAGUUAUCGUCAUGAUAGGACUGUGAACAUCAAAUUCAACAAACCAUUCCUGUUUAAUUUUGUAGAAUUCUAUAAAGACAACUGUUUUCCUCCAUGGACUUGUUUUGCCUUCAGUCGCUGCUCUUUUGUAGGUCUUGCUGCCUUCAUUUUUAUCACACAUAAUUGCAUUUCCAUAUUCUUGUAGAUUUUUCCAAGGCGGGUUCGCAGAGUACCUCCCGAUACGAAUAUGAAGAUACAGAUUUGUGCAAUAAUUGAUAUAUUUUAGGAUACGCAAGUAAUACAAAGAAUGCCUGGUGGAUUAUGUUUGGUAUUUGCAUUAAAAGGAUACUUGAA